UCAGCGCGGAACGAGCGGCGCGUGCGCACGUACCGGUAUCACACAGUCGGAAUACGAUCGCGGGACCCAAAUUGUGUCGUAAACUGUCAAUCGUGCCCGUUACAAUAGUGUUUCAUAACCGUUCAGUGCUUGUUAUUUUUUUAAAGGACACCCCGCGACAACGACUCUGCAAAGAGAUAAAUCGAACGCGCGUCUUAAAUGCCGCCCUCAACCAGGGUCUAGCUGACGUCGAAUAACGGGUAACAAGCCGACAAUGUGACGGGUGACAAGUUCCCGCCAAAACUGAUCGUCCACCAUCUUGUUUUAGCAUAGACAAGUGUUGCCAGCUACAAGAUGGCGUUGUUAUGGUGUGUGCUGGCGUGCGCGCUGGCCAUGGCGCAGGCGCAGUCGAACUAUGGAUCUCAAGCGAACAAUAUCGAAUACCAGGGCGAAGGACUCCCUGAACAAACUGUGCUGGAUGGGAAGGUCACAAAGCUGGAUGACUUGAGUCCAGUGAUAUUCCUGAACAGAACGAAAGCCGCUCUCAACUGCGCCGCUGGGGCUAUGCAAAUCGAGUUGAAAUUCAACGAGAAGUUCUACGGCAUAGCUUACGCGGACUUCGACCGGCACUCGGCGUGCAAGGUGCAGGGCAAGGGAGCCCUGUCCUACGAGCUCAAACUGCCGCUCAAAGGAUGCGGCACUAAGCAGGAUCCCCUCCGAGUGUUCACGAACAACAUCGUGGUGCGGUUCCACCCGGGGCUGGAGAUGGAUGGAGACGAGGUCAUCACCAUCGUCUGCCGGUACCCGCCGCCCAUCGUGCCCAAACCUGUCUUCAAUCCUCUUAUAUUUACGCCCGAAACCGGUCCCCUCCCAGCGAAAGCACCUCUCGCCGGUACCCAUAUCCUCAUGAUCAUCUGCGCGAUCCUGUUCCUCACGUUACUGCUGCUAGGCCUCGGAGUAUCAUACCUGUGUCUCAGGAGACGAGCCCUGCCAGCCCCGAGGAGGUUCAUCGAUGACUCCUCAGCUUCUAUUGUUAGCAGGGAGAGUAUACAAGAAGUGAAAAUCCCCCGCGCUCACCCAGUCUACCCAGCAGCUGCCGAAGUUGGCAGCGUGGCGUCCGACACGAUACCCUCAGACUAUCCCUCGGAGACGCCCAGUGAAGCUGAGCAAGCGCAUAGCAAUGCUGCCUUCAUGAUGGACGAGUCUUAUCAUAGCGAAGGCUACGGCUCCACUCGUGAAGCGAUGACCAGCAAUGCUCGGCUAGUCUCUGGCGCGGCGCCAGCCUUCGACGUGCGCGUGCGCGUGCAGCGUCCCCCCGCGCCGCCCUCGCCGCCAUCCACCAUCACCUUGACGGAGACUGAUGGAGGAAGCAUCAGACAAACCCUAAUCUCUGAAGAACACGAGCGCCAAGAAUCAGUUCGCACAGUAUCCCCCGUGGCACUUCCUCUCCCCGCGCGCGCCUCUCAACUUCCCCCGCCCGAGCGUCCUCCGCGCCCACCCGCGGUCUACUCGCAAGUCAACAGGGACAAACAGGAGUGGUCUCGACGUCCGCGGUCCAUCGUGUCCCUCAACACUGAGAUGACUGACACCCACUCAGUCACUGAAGUCACUGACCGAUCCCACGCCAGGAUGUUCCAUAUCAAGAAAGCACCUCCUCCGCCUCCUCCUGUGAUGAGGGAGCGUCUGGAAACUGAAGAACAGGAGAUGCUGAUGGAGAGCCUUGAGCCUAUCCCUGAGACACCCAUCAUGCCUGCGAGAAAACCCGAAAUCACCUCCCACGUAGUAGACGACGUCUUCCUCCGCACUAUUACCGAAAAGAAGACCAUAGAAGACAUUGAGCGUCACAAACGCCUGGUCACUGAAUACAAGCAGGUCCCAGCACCUCCACCACACUUCGACGUGACGAUACGGAACCAUACGGUCCCUGAGGCACAGUGGGAGAACUUCUCAGACAUCAGCUCGGCUUCUGGCAUGACUUUGACUCCUAAGAUGGAGAGGGUACCGCUUUCGUUGCCGCCGCAGAAGUAUAUUGGUACAGGCGGCCCCGACCUAUUCUCCCCGGAGCUGAUCAAGCAGACCGGCCAAGUAUACCAGUCCCCCGAUCUCCCCCUCCUCCCCGAGCUGCCCCCCGCCCGCAACCCCCUGUUCAGGGACGAAGAUGAUGAGGACGUUCCGGAGCCGGUACCAGCUCCGCCCGUGCCGACCAACUGGAGUGUGCUCACUAGGGUGCUGAAGACUGAGGCGCAGGAUGAGGUCCUCUCAGAAACCGAGCGCUCCUACCGCUUGACCCGCGAAGAGCGUCUCCGCUGGCGCGAACUCAUCACUCACGAGAGCACUCUCCGACGCGAACUGGCGCGCUCCUCCACUCGUGAGGACUUCACCCGAGUCGCACAUGACCACAGGUUCGCGCCCCUGUACGCGCCGCCCAAGUGGGAGGUCAUUAUAAGAAUACUGGCACCGCCGCCUGAUAAACCCAAGAAUCGCUACCGCAAGAAGACAGAAUGGGACUCGCGGUCGCGGCGCAGUUCCCUGCCCACGCUGUACGAGUACGACAGCGACGCCACCUCCCUGCGCGACCCGCAGCGCUCGCGCCGCUCCUCCUACCGCAGCGACCAUGUUGAUAUGAGAUCAAUGUCGGAGAUGAUGGUGGACUACGCUCGAGAGCAGGCGGACACUCACUCGGAGGUGUCGGGCGGCACACAACUGGGACGAUACUACGACGACGACAGUGACUCCGAACAUCCAUUCCAUCAGAACCAGCCAUGGUCCCGUCACUCCCUGCACCGCUCGGUGAGCCAGCCGUCGCUGGCGCGCUCGGCGACGGAGGUGGUGGAGCAGUGGACCGCGCCUGAAGGGGACGUCACUCCCACGCCUGGACGCAGGAUUAGAGGUCCACAAGGAUUAACGACCUUCACAUCAUCCGAAGUGCGAACCUUCCAAGCGUCCCGAGAGUGGCGCGAAUAGACGCCAUUGUUAGCGCGAUACAGAACAAUGCAACUCACGAUACGAGCAAUAGAUGGCGCUGUACGCAAUUUUGUAAAUUGACAGGAAUUGAUUUAAUUACUUAGUAAAACAUAUACGUAGGUAUUAUGCUCAAAGUUACUCAAGUGAUAAACUUCACUGCCUUAUUUACAUUGAUUUUUAUUUCAUACAUUCCUUGAUGUUUUAGUUUAGUGCGAUUCCGUCCAUUCGUGACUAAUACCUGUUUUGUGACAUAAUAGAAGUAAUUGAAUUGAUUUUAUAUAAAUUUAAUGCUUGGCAUUAUUAAGAUUUUAUUUUGUAAUAAGAUAUAAAUGAUGUGUACAUUGACGAUGUGUAAAAUGUAUAAUAUUUCCACGCGGAAUCUAAACUUUUAUAUACUUUUUUGAAUAUUGGUGAAUACUUUUGUAUUGAUUUUCAGGAUUAAGAUCUUUACGUACUUAAAAUAUAGUUUUAAAAAGCGUGUCCAUUAUAGUAUCAUAGGUACAACGUAUACAAAAGAUACCAUUAUUUUAAUUAACAAGUUUUAAAAGGUCAACUAUAUUUAGUUUAUUUUAGGGUUGAAUUCCAUAAAACUUAUUUUUAUAUCUUUAAACUAACAAAGUGCCAAAAUGAUAAUUAACGCUUCUUAACAAUCAUUGAUUUUCUUGUGAGUGUACAUUUUUAUGUACAUUUUGAAUAUUUUUUUCUUACAUAGCUAUGGAUUUUAAUAAUCUCGGGAAAAGUUUAUUAAAGUUAUUUCGCUUUUUUUUUCUGCCAACACUAAUAUUAGGUGUAAAUAGGUAAAUGUAAGUCAAAGAAGUGUUAUACCUAGCAGUUGAGGCAAGACGGACCACUUAAACCAACCCAUUUAGUCUUGUGAUGGACAAGUAAAUAUGUCAUCUAUAUAUAAAAAAAGAGAAUUUGGUUGACUUUAGUCCACUACUUUAUUAAAAGUAUUUCUUGCCUCGGUUGCUAUGUGAGUGUGGGAUUUAAAGGGCAAUGGGAUAGUGCAAGUUGUGCUCAAUUAGCGGUUUUUACAUAUUUUGGUGGAGACCAACUGUCUAUGUCGAUCUGAUAAAAAGACCGUAUUACGUCCACGGAUGAAAUUUAACUUUUAUAUGAAAAAAUGCAACGUAUUAGCAAUGCAUUUGUGAUUCUCAUUGUAAACGAAGAUAAAAUUGCAAAUGAAUUUUAGUUUAAACUUUAUUGCCAGUUGCAAAAAAAUAAACCGCGGUAACCAUGUGGUGCUAAGACAUUAAAAAUAUCUAAUAUUUUUUUGUAUCAAUUGAAUUUGUUUACAUGUAAAUUUUGUAUUUACAUUGUGAAUUGAUGUAUUUUAAUAUUAAAUAUACGUAUCUUAACAUUUUA